AUGAUUGGUCGAGUCGCGAGUCUGAGUUUUGCGGGGUUGGCAUUCACAUGGAUUCGUGAUUGGCUGGACAGGAGUGAAGGGAGGGGGCGCAUACAUGCGCUUUUGUCUUGAGAAGGGCGGGCAGGCAGCGCGAGUUUGAUCUUGAUCUCCCACCACCACCUCGCAUUAUCCCCACCUUUGUCAUACCCUCUUUCUCUCCAUAGCUCCCAACGCAACUGCAUCGGCGUGUCACACUCCUUGCUCAAACUCGAACGAUUCCAAGCAAAAUGGCAGAAGAUCAAACAGCCGCAGCAAUCAAGGAUGAGCAGCUAGCAGAGAAGAAGGGAGCAUCAUCCGCCAUCAAGUCAUUCUUGUCUGGCGGGUUUGGAGGCGUAUCAGCCGUGUUGGUAGGACAUCCUUUUGACCUGACAAAGACGCGUCUUCAGACGGCCGCCGAAGGCACCUACACGGGAGGCUUGGAUGUGGUGCGAAAGACGAUCAAGGCGGAUGGGGUCAAGGGAAUGUACAGAGGAAUGGGUCCUCCCCUCGUAGGUGUCACGCCCAUCUUUGCCAUCAGCUUUUUCAGCUACGAUUUGGGCAAGAAGAUAGUCUAUGGACUCACACCCGAUAGAAAAGAUCCCAAAUUGGGUUUGGGAGAAUUGGCUUUUGCUGGCUUCUUUAGUGCUGUACCCACCACCCUCGUUGCUGGACCGGCUGAGCGUGUCAAGGUGCUCUUGCAGCUUCAAGGUCAAUCGGGAUCAUCAGGUCCUACUUACAACGGACCCGUAGAUGUGGUGCGCCAACUUUACAAGGAAGGAGGUUUGAAGAGCGUCUUUAGAGGCACAGCAGCCACCCUGGCUCGCGAUGGACCUGGUUCUGCUGCCUACUUUUGCGCUUAUGAGACCAUCAAGGCUGGUCUGACGCCUAAGGGCCAGGACCCUAGUCAGCUCAACCUGCUCAAUGUUCUCACGGCUGGUGGCUUGGCUGGUAUGAGCAUGUGGCUCGUCGCGAUCCCUCCCGACGUGGUCAAGUCUCGUUACCAAGGAGCGCCUCACGGUACUUACAACAGCUUCAUAGAUUGCGCGAGACAAACGAUCGCAAAGGACGGAGUCAAGGCGCUUUUCAAGGGUGCUGGACCCGCCAUGCUGCGCGCUUUCCCUGCCAACGCCGCCACUUUCCUCGGCGUCGAAGUUUCUCUCAAAGCCAUGAACAACCUCUUCUGAUCCGCCGGGGCAAAAUCCAAUCAGCUCAAGCACACAUGUCCUUCCCCAAUCGAUUGGGCGGCCCAUCUUUAUGCUUUUCCCGCAUACUUGCGAGUUUUGUUUACGGUCAUAUGCGCUGCUUUUCUCGCAGAUGCUUGAUGAGGAUUCGAUGUUCGCUUUCAUGUGCGGGCAUGAGAUGGAUUUGGGGGCGCAUGGAAAGCGGGCAAGACGAGUCGACUUUCGAUCGGGAGUCGAUCGUGUGAGGCUCGAAUCGUACGACGUUCAUCAUUUAUGACGCACGAUGCAAAAUAGAGAUGGAUAGCAAAUCUUGAGGGUACCAA